AUGAUCGUGAUCCGCUGUGCCCUCUUCGCGGCUAUCCUCGCCGCCGCCGCGGCCGCCUGGCAGGAGAACGUCCGCCCCAAAGUCUUCGCUCAACUAGCCUGCAAUGCGGGGGACAGCCACGUGACUCUCAUUAGUGCAGUACAAAGCGAAGCAGUUUGUUCUGCGUUUUGCAAUGUUACGCCCGGAUUAGCGAUGCGAUGUUUAACGUACUGGAUGAAACUUUGA